CGCUCUGGUUCAUGCUUCUGCGCAUGGCAUUACUCGCAUUACUGCGGCUGCUGGUUCUGGUGCUGACUACGGCGUCUUUGCUCGCAGUCGAGCUCCUCCGGCAGGUACCCGCCAUCAUCAUCAUCCUCCGCCCCACUGCUGCCGUACAUCCUCGUGGGUGCCGCAUUGCCCGACACUCCGAAACCACCAACACCAACACCACCCCUGCCAGCAGCAGCAGCAGCAGCAGCAGGCCCGCCUACAGCCCCCGUCGCCGGGUUAACAGCAGCAGCGGCAGCGGCGGAGGGGAUGAGCGCAUGGCUUGGCGGGUCAUCCGCAGG